GCGGCGCGCGCCGGGCACGCGCGCCGGCAACCAUGGCGUUCGCCGGGAUGGCCCUAGUACAUUAACCCCGGGAGGCGGCUGCGGCGACGAGGGAGCUAGCCUGGAGCUGGCGGGCCCAGCCUGAGGGAAGGGAGGAAGGGGCGGGGAGAGCGCCGGAGGGAGGCCGGUCGGCCGCGGGCGGGCGGGCAGGCAGCGCAGCGCCGAGCGGGGCCGCGGGCCCAUGAGGAGGCCCGGGGACCAUGGGCUCCAGGAUCAAGCAAAACCCAGAGACCACAUUUGAAGUAUAUGUUGAAGUGGCCUAUCCUAGGAUAGUCGGUCGCACUCUUUCAGAUCCUGAGGUGCAGAGGCAAUUCCCAGAGGACUACAGUGACCAGGAAGUUCUACAGACUUUGACCAAGUUUUGUUUCCCCUUCUAUGUGGACAGCCUCACAGUUAGCCAAGUUGGCCAGAACUUCACGUUCGUGCUCACUGACAUUGACAGCAAACAGAGAUUCGGGUUCUGCCGCUUAUCUUCAGGAGCUAAGAGCUGCUUCUGUAUCUUAAGCUAUCUCCCGUGGUUCGAAGUAUUUUAUAAACUACUUAACAUCUUGGCAGAUUACACGACAAAAGGACAGGAGAGUCAGUGGAAUGAGCUUCUCGAAACUCUGUACAGACUUCCCAUCCCUGACCCAGGAGUGUCUGUUCAUCUCAGCGUGCAUUCUUACUUUACUGUGCCCGAUACCAGAGAACUUCCCAGCAUACCUGAGAAUAGAAAUCUGACAGAAUAUUUUGUGGCUGUGGAUGUGAACAACAUGUUACAUCUGUACGCCAGUAUGCUCUACGAACGCCGGAUACUCAUCAUUUGCAGCAAACUCAGCACUCUGACCGCCUGCAUCCACGGGUCCGCCUCCAUGCUCUACCCCAUGUUCUGGCAGCACGUGUACAUCCCCGUCCUGCCGCCACACCUGCUGGACUACUGCUGUGCUCCCAUGCCCUACCUCAUAGGAAUCCACUUGAGUUUAAUGGAGAAAGUCAGAAACAUGGCCCUGGAUGAUGUUGUAAUCCUUAACGUGGACACCAACACCCUGGAGACCCCCUUUGAUGACCUCCAGAGCCUCCCGAAUGACGUGAUCUCUUCACUGAAGAGCCGGCUGAAGAAGGUCUCCACCACCACGGGCGAUGGUGUGGCCAGAGCCUUCCUUAAGGCCCAGGCUGCUUUCUUUGGCAGCUACCGAAAUGCUCUGAAGAUUGAGCCAGGGGAGCCAAUCACCUUCUGUGAGGAAGCCUUCGUGUCCCACUAUCGCUCUGGAGCCAUGAGGCAGUUUCUGCAGAAUGCCACACAGCUGCAGCUCUUCAAACAGUUUAUUGAUGGUAGAUUAGACCUUCUCAAUUCUGGUGAAGGUUUCAGUGAUGUUUUUGAAGAGGAGAUCAACAUGGGCGAGUAUGCUGGCAGUGAUAAACUGUACCACCAGUGGCUCUCCACAGUCCGGAAAGGAAGUGGAGCAAUUCUGAAUACCGUGAAGACGAAAGCAAACCCAGCCAUGAAGACUGUCUAUAAGUUUGCAAAAGAUCAUGCAAAAAUGGGAAUAAAAGAGGUGAAAAACCGCUUGAAGCAAAAGGACAUCGCAGAGAAUGGCUGUGUCCCCACCUUCGAAGAGCAGCUACCAAAGAUUGCACCGUCCCCCCUGGUGGAGGCCAAGGACCCUAAGCUCCGGGAAGACCGAAGGCCAAUCACAGUCCACUUUGGACAGCCACAAAGACUCCUCCGUCCUACUCGCCCGCCGCCUCCCAAGAUACAGCGCUCGAGGCCCGUGCGCCCUCCCCGUCCACAUGUCGCUAAGAGACCGAAGAGCAACAUCACGGUGGAAGGCCGGAGGACAUCUGUCUCGAGCCCUGAGCAGGCCACGGACCUGUAGACAUUGCAUUGCAAACCCAGACAGACUAUCCCUGCGCCACACAGAACAACUCCGGACCAAUAUCACUGUACACUCUGCAGAGGAGCAUUACCCGUUCUGGGGCCAGGUUCCCAGUUAGAGGUUGGGCUUCCCAACUGUGUCUGUUUUCACUGUUGCUCUUCCAGCCUGGUGACGGGGAGUCUUCUAGGCCAUGCCUGGGAGCCAGUGGCUGGUAAUGCGGUCUUCCUCGUUGUGACUGGAAGUGCAUGGGCAUCGCGGUUCGUUUCUUUUACAGUGCGCCUUGUUUCAGAUUUGUUAGGAAAUGUGUGGGAUCAAAACGAGCUGCUGGGAGCCUGGGGGCUUUGGCACACUGGCAGUGGUGGAAGACAAACGAUGGGUUCUCUGUGACCGCGUAUCCCAGGUCAGGAGGACAUCAAUCCGAGUUUCCGCUCACAUUUCUUUCAUGGCGGGGGGCUGGGCUGCUCUCCCAUUGUGCCAGUGACGUUUCUGGUCCAACCUGGGUGUUCUCCUGCAUCUCUGCCUGCACUCCCCCCACCAUGUUGCCAUCCUCUGCCAUCCACACGCCACGUCACAACAGCACUCGGUGUGUUUGUCUCAGCUGUCAUCGGCUCCAGCUGGCAGUACCAAGUUCUUGAAACACAGGAAGCAUCCAGCGGAAAAUAUUUUAAUAAAACAGACUCCUCAUAAAAUAUUGUUCUGGGGAGGAAAGAAGCCAUCUCCCCCGAUCUGUCAGCAUCGUGUUGGGAGACACGGGAAGACAGGCUGGUGGGCAAAAGCCAGACCCUCUGGGGCCUCCGCUGCAGGUGGUUCCCUUUGGGCCCGCGGGUCAGUGCCUGGCCCUUUAAUCUGGCUUGGACUUCCCGGAACCACAGAUUGUUGUCUCCACUGGGAACAUCUAAGUGCAUCAGAAAUGUAGAGGAUUUGGGUGACAGAAGAGAUGCAAGAUUUUUGAAGUGGAGGAAGGGACUCAGUCCUCCUGACUUCUUGUCCCAACUCUCACUUCCAAGUAGCCCAUUAAAUAAUCACUGUUGUGGACAGCAAGACGGAGCUGAUGAAGAAGACGGCCUCCACAGCAGCCAGCAGCAGGCUGCUCAGCGUCUGGAGUUCACCGAGGCCUGGAGGGUCGGCCACCAGCGCUCUGGCCAGUUCAUCUGCUGUAGUCCGUUUCUUCCCUCCAGAUGAUGUCCGUCGGUCUUCUCUGAACCCAUUCAUAGCUACUAGAUGUGAGAUACAUAAGGUUUUGAAAAGAAACUUUUAAAGGGAAUCCCUGUGCUGACUCUCAUUGACUUGAAUUUUCCCAAAAUGAAAUUUUCUCCUAUGUCAGAUUUUCUUCCUGAAUCAACGGUAGGUGUCCUAACUCCAUAAAACCAUUUGAUGGCAAUUAGAAGAAUAUUUUGGAAAGACUUCUGGCAAAAGCAUUCCCUCUGUUUUUCAGUUAACACUAGCUAAUUAAUAUUCAGUGAUGAUUUCUCCUCAAGAACUGUUAGCUGCUUCCAUUAUUAUUCAGAACAGGGCUGGUGGAGGGCCCAGAGUACUCCUUGGGGAGAAGCUGGUGUUAGGAGGGAUCGGGCAGCAUGGGCUGGGGGUCAGAGGCCAGCCGCCAGCAAGUACAGUCAGCACCUCUCGUGUUCUGGGCCCUCUGAGGCUGGUGCUCCUUUCUCCUUCCACGAAUGGAACUCGGGCUCAGAAAACGUGUCUGACCCAGGCCCCAGGGUCAUCCAGUGCGAAAGUGGCGAGGCCAGGGUGCCCGAUGCUGCUUGCUGUCAUUCUCUCCGUUACACUUUGCUGCCCCUGGGGGUCCUUUGUCAGUCUGGCUUUGCCUAGACAGCUCCAGAUCCUCAGGUGACUUGUUCUGACGCCACCCUUCCGCUGUGGUCCCCUGGAGUUGGGAACUGGAGCUGCUCAGUGGGCUUCCUGCCAAGGAGCCAGUGUUCACUGUUGCUUGAGUGUUUCUACCUGGGAAAGGAGAGAGAAGCGACAUUUACUGAAUGGCACUUAAUAUUGUAAAAGGAGUGGGGUUGUUUUCCCCUUUAACAGAUGGGGAAACUGAGGCUGAGAGAGAGACGUUCAGUAACUUGCUCAAGGUCUCAGGGCUAGAAAAUGGUGGGAUCAGCUGUCUGAGGUCACAGGCCUCACCCUUUCUUCUGCACCAUGCAGGCCUUUUGUUACAAACCUAGUUAUGACUGGGCUGCUCUGAGUGGCAAGGACAGUGGUGGCCACAGGGGACACCACGCGGUUCAUGGCUCCCCACCUGUUAGAGCUGGGCCUUGGGGGUUUCAGCCACAGUGUGCCUGGCUGCCAGACCCCAGCUGACUCCCCUUGGCUGGUCAGGUACAGGGAUUUCCCACAGAACGGAAGCUCAGAAGGAGCUGGAAGGAGGCUCCAAAAGGCAGCGCUGUGCUCAGUUCCAUCCAUUCCUGAUGCCACACACAGAUGCCAGAUGCAGGGAGUGCCCUGCUGGUCCCCAGGUGCCUCUCUCAGCAGGGCUCCUCUCCUUUGUUCACCGUGGUAGGGGACAGGGCAGCAGCCCUUGCGGUCUUGCCGGAGGAACAGAAGGCGGUGGUAACGUGCAGGCUUCACCUGACUGAGUCUUCACAACAGCCCAGAAGGGUCAGGCCAUCUCCCAGGUCGUAAUGGUUAAGGAGCCUGCGGUCUGCCUACAUGGGAUGGAGAGGCAGGCACCCAGUUCCGACCAGUGGCAGGGCCUGAGUGCCUUCGUCCCAGUCACGCAAGUCGUGACUGUGCCGGCUGCCUGCUGGCUGUUUGAAGUUUCAUUGUACUGAGUAGGAACAGUCCAGGUUCAGCCGUCAGAGGCCCACAGGCCAUUGCCCUACUUCCUAUCCAGCCAGAUCCACACAAAAUCUGCUCUUUUCAGAUCAUUUUGUUUGUUCGUAAAAAAUGACCCAGUGGCCUUACAGACGAUCUGAACGUUGGGGAGGGACGAUUCCUUUCUGAAUCCCACUACGUAGCUAUUUACUAGCUUCCCUGCAGGUUUCCCUGGUCGUCUUCCUGCGCCUGAGUGCAGACCCGCCCCUUCCUUGAAGCAGCCUGUCCCGGGGACCAGCCCGUGUCCUCGGAGCCCCCGCCCUCGGUGACUGCGGGAGAUCCCGCCACGUGUGCUCGCGUCACCACGCCCCUCAUACUGAGUCUGCAGAUGGUUCCCAUUUUCCCCAAUACAAAAAAUGCCAGUGACCCAUUUUCUCACUUUAUAUCGUUAUAAGAAACAGAAUGGCCCUGGCUGGUGUGGCUCAGUGGAUUGAGUGCUGGCCUGCAAACCAAAGGGUCUCCAGUUCAAUUCCUGGUCCGGGCACAUGCCCGGGUUGCAGGCCAGGUCCCCAGUUGGCAGUGUGUGGGAGGCAACUGAUGAGAUAUUUCUUUCCCUUUCUUUCUCCCUCUUUUCCCCCCUCUCUAAAAAUAAAUAGAUAAAAUCUGUAAAAGAAGAAAAAAAGAAACGAUGAACAGCUACUGUUAACUGAGAAGUACAUGUAAGCACGUUACAUCCACCGUUUCACUGAAUUCCCAUGAGAACUCUCAGGGGGGUGGGUAUCAUUAGCUCUGUUUUGUAGGAGCAGCUGAGACCUGAGAGGUUGUCACUGCCUUUGGUAGUAACACUGCGAGUCGGUGGCAAAGCCGAGCUUUAAAUAUGUCUAAUGGCAGGGUCUGUACCCAGUAAUAGAGGCAGAUUUCUGCUCCGUGUUUUUAAAUAACUUUGUAAGAGACUUGUACCACUUGAUGCUCCCACCCAAACAGCAGGAUCCCUGGGAAUCUGGACCUGAGGGACCUGGGGAAGCAUGUGGCCGGGGUUAGAAAUCCUUCUGGCCAAGGAGAAAUUCUGUAAGUUGUGCUGGCUGGGCAGACAGUCUGUCUACCAAAGGGCCAGCCCCCGCUGCUUAAGAACUGGGGAGUCUGGUCAUCUGGAUUGCAGUACGUGACCCCAGCACCCAAAGCCCCAGAAGAUUGAAAUAAGAUCAGAGGAGCCGCCCGAAGCAUUCAGUGAGCACUCUGGCCAAGGACUGGGUCUCAGGACACUUGGUAGUUGUAUCUGCUCAGGCCAGUUGCACAGAUGCUCUGGACAAGGAGGGGGUGACAUAUGCUGUUCCAGCCCAGUCUCCUUGAGACCUGGGCUCAGCACAGCCUCAGCGGUGGGUCACAGCCAGCCUACCUGACCCACAGUUUGGCCUGGGGUAUGGUCAGUGAGCUCUGCUCAGGUGGAGGCCCGAGUGCUCGAGGGGGCAUUGGCAUCUGCCAGACCUGGGCCAGGCCCUAGGCAAGUCUCUUUGCCUUCUGUUUGUGUGUGAGUAUGUGUGAUUCAAUUUUUAGAGAGGGAAGGGAGGGAGAGAGGGAGAGAAACAUCAGUGUGUGGCUGCCUCUCGUACACCCCCUAAUGUGGACCUAGCCCACAGCCCUAAUGGGGAGGCAUGUGCCCUGACUGGGAAUCAAACCAGAGACCCUUUGAUCUGCAGGCUGGCACUCAAUCCACUGAGCCACACCAACCAGGGGUGCCCUCUCUUUCUAAACAUCCCAAAGAGCACAACUGCCCCCAAAGCCACACUAGCAUCCUAAGUUAGCCAGUCUCCCCUCCUGCCAUCUGCAGCCACUGCUGCAGCCUCAACUCCCCGGACCCCUCGCCCUGCCCACACCCACAGUUCCCUGGGCUCCUCCUGACGUGGCAUGGACCUGCAGUGUGACAGUGCUUACCUCACGUGUAGAGCUCUGUGUCCUUCAGCUCCUGGGCCAGAGCCUAGCCCAGGCCUCUGCUCAGGGGUGUUUAAUGAACAAAGGAACCACUGAAGACAGGUUGGAGAUUACUGCCCAGCACCCUGGGAGGUGGGGGAGGGAUAUCAGUCAACAACCACAUAUGUGUGAAGAGCACCUACUAUGUGCCAGGUGUGAAUAUGAAGCUACCAGUACCUCCUCUGUGCUGACCCUCUAAAAGCCAAAACUGCCAUCUGCCCCAGGAGCAAGUCUUUAAGAUACCAGCUGGGUCCUGGGCCCCAGGGGGCAGGGGCGGCUGUCUGGGUACUACCCAGUAACAGGCUGCCAAGGCCCACUCUCUAAGUGUCCAGGAGUCCAAACACUGAGCCACAGACCCAAUUAGCAAGGCCAGAGGCUCCUACCCUGAGUCCGGCCUCCUCCCCCUGCCACAGCAGGUCUGGACCCUGAGGACAAAGCUGAGCCAGAAGCCAGACAUGGAGGCUAAGCCCGGACUGGAAAGGCAGGAGCUACCGAGGAGCCCAGGGGUGCGCGGGGAAGGACCUGUCCCAGGAGCCGUCACAAUCGGGAGGGUUUGCUCCAGCUGAAAAACCAAGCCCUCAGGAUGCCCCAGGAAAAGGUGCCCCACCCUCAGGAUGUUACUGAUUAUCAGAGACGCUAUGUCACCUUUUCUCAAAUGCCCGUUUGGAGCCCAGAAGGUGCACACUGUGUCGUUUUGCUUGAUCUCCCUGCUCCCCUGCAAGGCCACUGCUUCCUCCCCUGAUGCGCUGCUCUACCCCACCUCCACCACUGCUGCCAGAAAAGACUCAGGCUCUCAGCAGACAGAGGGCAGGCAGAGGCUGUCUUCAGAGAGAGGAAGAGUUCUUCGUAGUUUUUUUCCAGGUAGGGAGAAUGCCCUGAGGUGUCCCCAUCCCACCUUCCCUCCACCGAAGAGCCUGAAGUGUGGGAAAGUCGGGCAAAGCCCACACGCCCUGUGCUUGGGCCUCUCUGCUUCUGUGGGUGUCCACCAUUGGCCUGGGGAGGACUUCUCAGGGCAUCUGGGCCAUGGGUGUGGACAUGUGAAAUUGACACUAGUGAUUUUGUUAAAAGAAGGAAUGAAUGAACAUACAAGUUGAUAAAUAAGGGAAUGGGUAAAUGAAGGUCAUCAAGGCAAAGGGCUCUGCUAACCCAAUGGAGAGGAGAUCGGGGCCCAGCCAGGAAGGCCUCUCUACUGCCUGCCCAGCCCUCACAUCACCCCUAGUCUUGCAUGUGACUGAGUCUUCCUGCAGGUUCAAGGCCCUGCACCACCUGGUCUCAUCCAAUCCCACCCCCUGACCCUGAGCUCCCUGUGCCCACUUCUCCACAGAGACUUCUGGGCCAUCGUGCAGGUACUGCCCUCUGGCAGAGCAGACCCCCAGUGCGGGUGGAAGGACCAAGUGUGACACCGGGUCUUCUGACAGGAAGACACCCUCUCACUGGUGAUCACAACUUAUUACAGCAGUGAUUCUCGCAUCAUUGUUUCCAAGUAGGUGUUCACAGACAGCUGAGUGCACGGCCCUGGGUCAUACCAGGAAUAGGUGCAGCACAGUUCCGGAGCUCCCUCUGUGGGUCCUGUACUGUGCUGGUUUUCCCCAGAGACCCUCAGGCUGUCUUCAGAGCCCUUACCUACUUUGUUGGCCUGUGUCCUGGUGACGGAGGGAGGGUACGGCAGGGUCCUGUCUGAUGACUGAUGUGCUCCGCUAGGCCCAGCUGGGACCAGUAACCUUAACUGGGAAAGCCUUUGAAGGCAGGGGCCACCCUAUUUGUCCUUGAACACCUAGGCACGACCCUGCACAGUCUGUGCAGUCUGGAAGCCACGUAAUCAGGGGUCACCAGAGUGGCCACAACGUUUAUAAAGCAAAGAUCCUUUGUGCUAAGGAGAAACGAUCCUUUAGAAAAUGAUCACCAGCUCCCUUCGUUACCUCCGAGACCAAGUCCUGGUUUUUUUCCCCUUCUUUAUCUCAAGUACAUUUAAAUGUCAAUUAAAUUUGAAAUAUCUACAUUUGUCAGCAUUUCAUUCUGGGCCAGCGUGAUAUGCUGCUGGUUUGUCCACGCAAUGUGACACAUGAAAAAAACCCUCGAGAUGCAGAUCUUCCUCAUUAAAAACUAAGCCCAUGCGAUCCCGGCACGGCAGAGAGCCACAGAGCACGUCCCUGCUUCCUGACGCCGUGUCUCUGACAUGGUAUUUAAAAAGGAACAGCCGCGCCUGUCACCACUGUCACACGCGGGCGCUAACCGGCGACACGUUAAACCAAACAUUAGAAGGGGUUCGGGAUGUCAUCUGCAUGGGACCAUGCGCCGAGAUGAGGUGGGCAGGGGCGGGAGCAGCCGUGGGGGAUGACGGGUCUGAACGGUGAUGGACAGCAGGCCUUUCUUGCUCGCCAGACCCCGGCAGCCCUCACCGGGUAACCAAGUUUGCCACGACCUGCCUCCUUGCAGACAGCAAUUUGUGUAGAAUAAAAUCCAGGCGAGUGGUGGGUGGCAGACUGCAGGGUAGUAGCUGAAUUGGGUUAAUGAGGGAAGAGGUACUUUUUUUUUUUUUCAUAUUCUGCCUUAAGCUAAUAAAAAAUUUAAACCUGGACGUUUUCGACGGUUCAUCCUUUAUCUCUGACAAAUAUCUGACUGUCUGUUUCAGGGGAGAACAUGAACAGCUGAAUUUAAAUAGGUUUAUUUUGAAAUCCCACCUUUUAUUUCAGUGGAAAGGGAAGGACCCUACCCCUUAUUCCACUGUUUCAGAUCCACAAAACGGAAGAGGCAGGAUCACGAAGGGGCUUAGAGUCAGGGGAAUGAAGGUUCCCGGGUCUUCUCUGGCUGCUGCGUGACACUGGGGAAGAGGCACCCUCUCUCUGAGCCUUGGCCUCUGUGUCUGCAAAAGGGAGAGGUGACAGGAGUCAGUGGGAAGCUGUCCCAGCAGCAUUCAGCUCAACACAUGUAAAGCAACCCCAGUGUCCUCCGCGCCGUCCCUGUGGCCCGAGCCUGGGCCUGACAAAGCUCUCAUCUGAUCAGAGCACACGGCAAAGUUCUCGUCCGGGUUCUCUGUCCAUCGAGAGGUAGAUGGGAGACCCCCAGGGCCCCUUGUUGAAGAAGCCACUGCCCAGUGAGCUGGCCUGGCCAAGAGAGCCGACUGGAGAGGGAGCUGGACAGCAGUGCUCCCCCCACCCCUCCAGCUCACCACAGCGGCUGCCAGUGUAGGGGGCACUGGGUUUUCACAGUGUGGUGAGCUGAUGAAGUCCAGGUCCAGUCCAGCACAAAGGCUCUUUGCUCUCACACAGUCUGUGAUCUGUGCUUUCUUGUCACAGCGGGGAGGGGGCCGUGCUGGGAUGAGUGCUGGGAAGGCACCCACGAUGGAUCUGAGGGCCUCCCAAGAGCCUUGCUCAGCUUGUCCCAGGCAGGGGUGCAGGUCCCCCUCAUACUCGUCCACCACCAGCCUGGGUCACAGGAAAGCAAGGACCCUGGGCUGGAGUCACUGCUCACCUCUUCCUGGCUGGGUCACUUGGUGCCUCUGUCCCCUCUGCCAGUGGCUCCCACUGCUCAGCUGGCACUGGAUGUGCCCACAGCAAGCCCCCAGGAAGUGCCUCUUGGUUGGGUGUAGGGAUGAACAGGUAGACUAGUGGCAGUCUCAUCCCCUAUAAAAUUGGUGUAUUGAGACCUUCCUGCCAGGCUGUUGGGAGGGGUAGAGAUACACUGCGCAAAACCUUGAUACAGCGCCUACCUGUGGAUGUUACGCAAAAUGUUUUUCUGAGACUCCCACCUGCCCCACACCCCCAAAUGCAGUCCGAUUCUACCAGUCUCAGCAUGUGAAAGGAAGAUAAUGUUUAUUGAUUUUAGAGAGGGGGCAGGGAGAGAGGAACAGUGACUGGCUGCCUCCUGUACACGCCCCAACCAGGGAUCAAACUGAAACCAUUGGUGUGUGGAUGAUGCUUCAACCAUCUGAGCCACCCAGCCAGGGCAGAGAAGGGACACUUGUACACAGCAGCCACAAGCUGCCCAGUGAGCCCGGUCCAGCCAGGAGAGCCGGCCAGAGAGGGAGCUGGACAGCAGGGCUCCCCCCACCCCUCCAGCUCACCGCAGCGCCAGCCCACUCUGUGACUGCCGGUGCGGAAGGGGUGCCUGCUGUGUUGGGGCUCUGGGAAGACAGUGAAAUGGGGCAGCGCCUUGUCCCCCUGGCACGCCGGCUUCCAUCCACUCAGUCGGCAGACUCACUAUGCUGAUGCUGUGCCCAGGCCCUGCCUGUGAGCUCAGCUCGGAAACAGACCUGUAGGAGGUCAGAUGGCAGCAGUGAAGUGGUGAAGCACCAGGGGAAGCCGACCAUCCAGGGACAAAGCUCCAGCUGGGAACUCCAGGAAGGCUUUCUCAGUGCUGUCUGGGCUGAGCCUUCUAGACCAAAGUGCAGUCAGAGGGCCAGGCAGACACCAGGCAGGUGGUGUGUGGGGCAGCCCAGCGUCUGCCCUGCCUGGAGCUCGGACUUGGGGCUUUUCAGCCUUCAGCCCCGCCCACCCAGGCUAUCAUUCUGCAAACGGCAGAACAUUAUUGUUCCUAACACUUCGCUCACUGGGUUUACCCACCACACUACUGAUUGCCAAGAAAGUGCAGUGUGGAGCAGCAGGUUCACAGGUGUUAAGCAGGAGAGUGUCAGGGUCGGGUUUGUGACUCAGAACAGGAUUCCGGCAGCUGUGUGGGGAGCGGACCUUCCACUCUGCGCCUUGUUUUAUGUCCUGGUGGAAGUGGGGGAGCCAGGCAGCCUUGUCCUGAGGCAGCUGAGGCACAUUUCUGCAAAUGAAGUCUCCCUGCCCUCCUGAGUCCAGAGGAAAACGCCCCACCUCGGCGACCUGGAAGAAGAAAGGAGCUCUGUGACCUGCCACCUCCCUGUGAGUGACCCUGGGCAAGUGGCAUUCUCUCUCUGUGCCUUGUUCACCUCCCACUUCAGGAGAAGGGAAAUCUCUGCCUGGCUCACUUGCGGGGAGGAUGCGAGGGAACUGGGGGGCUCGGGUGCAGACGCGCCAGGCGCUGUGCAGCCGGGGAGCCAGCUCUGGUGCCGCUUUGGAGAAGAGCAUGUUCUCGGGCGAGAGCUGGCGUAGCAGCCGGGACGGGUCACACCCACUCUCCCAGUCCCCUGGGGGCAGCUGCUGUUCCUCACUUACCCUCCAGUCGGGGUUCCCGUGCAUGUUUUUAGACAUGCUGCUUUUUCCUGCCGGUGAGGGCGAACCCUGAAUGGAAUUGUAUCAUAUAAAGCAAAGAAAGGAGACUGUUGUGGCUGGGGGUGGGGGAUAGGAGAGGGCCCCCCCUCAGACAACCCAGUGUCUCCUACCGCCCUCUCCCCAAACUUCACCGUCCUCUCCAGGGAUUCUCGGCACGUGCCCACCUGCUCUGCAGGGCAGCCGCAUGGGCAGCCCGCUCACGGCCAGGGCCUCAGGCAUCGGCCGCAGGGCUGGGGUUUGAACCGAGGGCUGCCCGGUCCAGCUGCUCGGGCUAAGCACAGGCCUCUUGUGGGCCCUGAUCGGUGUAUAAUUCAUAGGAGCCGGCGUGGAGUUUCUCUGGGCUGUGUGUGUGUUUGUGUUUAUAGAGGUAGAGCUCACAGGUGGCUGACUAGCGAGAUGCAUUUUUUAUAACAAUGAAUAUUUAAUUUCCACAUCACAGAUGAAAAAACACUCUCUGAGGAAGCAUCUGAGGGAGACACCAGAGAGCGGCCACUCCUCAGAAAGGCCCUCUCGAAAGUGCUCGCCCCUGUGUCUCACUUUCUUCCCCGACUGCUCAGUUUUCCCCGGUUGCUGAAACAGAUGCGCGCCGGAGAAAACAGAGAAGACACAGGAGAGUGGAAGAGGCAGGGCGGACAUCACGCAUGCGCCGGCCCGCUGCGGCGGCCGGUUAGACGCACACCUUUCCAGCCUCUUGUCCGAGCGCCGUCCUCCGGCGGGCGAGAGCGAAUGCGCUGCACUCGCCUAGAAGUCUGCGUCCUGACUUGUAGGUUUUCCUUUAUAAACACUGUAGUUACUGGAAGGAUAAUGUUCAGCCAACAGUACAUGAUUCACUUCGCCAGCUUCCUUUUGCUGGAAAUUCGGGCAGUUCCAUGUUUAAUGUUAUAAACGUAGCAGUGGUAGACAUCUGUGUGCGCAGUGCUUGGCCGCGUUUGGGGCCAUCCAAGUGGAAGUGGGAUCGUCCCGUCCCAGAUGCCGGAUCGUGCGUUUAAGCCUGGUUUCCGUGUGGGACCAGCUUCCUUGCCUCGGGGCCUGUCGGCCUCUGGCGCCCUCCGGCCUCACCGCGGCCGCUCCCCCCACCCAGCCGCGUGGACUGUGGAGGCGCCGCCUAACUCUUCUCUUCUCUCU